AACCUGGCGCCACCUGAGGUGUCUCUCAAAUCUCUAUGCUACUUUGUGCGGUAUUGCAGCUUCCUCAAGGCAGGUUGACGGCGGAAAGUCAGUCUCCUUGGAACAGCGGACGGAGCGUACGGAAGGCGGAAGGCGAUACAAUAUUUUACCGCGCACACAUGGAACGUCAUUGCCCAAGCCGACCCGACCAGCCGGACCGGGAACGCAAGCGGAGCCGACCACGUGAUCAUAAAUUUCAGGCUUGGCAGCGAUCAAAUGCUUGGACCUCCAUCAGCCUCGCCGCGAACCAAGGUACUUCAGGAAUACCGCCAUACAGAACCAGUUCGAGCUGAGACACGCUCAACUGCGGCCAAACUUUACAAUUUCCACUUCCGUCUCUCCGACCUUCACACGCAAGACAACGGGUUGAUACCGGAGCAGGCCGCCUGUCUCCACCAAACCCAUCAAGAUGAAGCUGGUCAGGUUCCUGAUGAAAUGCGCCAACGAGACGGUCACGAUCGAGCUCAAGAACGGCACCGUCGUGCACGGCACCAUCGCGUCCGUGUCGCCGCAGAUGAACACGGCGCUGCGCAACGUCAAGAUGACCCCCAAGGGCCAGGACGCCAUCUCGCUCGAGACGCUCAACGUGCGCGGCAGCACGAUCCGCUACUUCAUCCUGCCAGACUCCCUCCCGCUCGACACCCUGCUGAUCGACGACGCGCCCAAGCCCAAGAACAAGGCCCGCAAGGAGGCCGAUCGCGGCGGCCGCGGCGGACGCGGCGGGAGGGGGCGGGGGCGUGGCGGACGCGGUGGCCGUGGGAGAGGGAGGGGUUAAGGGGUGCAUGUCGGGAGGCUGGGCAUUGAUGGGCUGGAUUGGGUUGCGCUGGGGCGCAUUGCAGUUUUGGCUCUGCGCUGGCGGGUCGCGCGGUUUUGGCCCGAGGCUGUCUUCCGGUAUCAAGCGGCGGGGAGGGGGGGGAAUAAAUCUGGUCAACCACGAGGAUGGUCGCAAGCCCGAUGCGGGAACGUCGAGAAAAAAAACGGACAAGGGGCUAGACUAUGCCGGCUGGGUCUGAUGUGGACGGAGUUGUC